AUGGACUUGGUCCAUGAAAUAGGCGUUUACACUUCUUUUUAUUUUCCUCCAAUCUUCUUAUCUCUUUAUAAUCCUUCUCAAUCGACUGUCUGCCCUUCUUCUUUUGACCUUCAGUUUGUCGAGCACUUUGCUGGUCGGUUGAAUGACUCGAACUACCGUGUCUGUUUGACAGCCCUUUCUUGCUUGCACGAGGACUUCCAAUCUCCUUCGGAUCAAAAAUCUGUCAGUCAAGACCAAACUAGACGUGGAAUCAGGCAACCUGUGAAUAUUCAACUUCCGCAGGAUCAAGAUUUAACCAAAUGUACAGAAUCCAUGGGCAAAAGUCUGAGCUUGAAGCCUGGCUCCCCUUCCUCUCCUAUUUACACUACUUCUGUGCCACUCGGUAGUUGCCUUCUAUCCCGAUUUAGAUCAGAUCUUACGGAGCAACAAGUAGGACAGCUCUUGCAGCGCCUCGCUGGUGCAUUGGUCAACCCUGUAGAAGAGAUACGGAACACAGCAAGAGCGGCUCUCUCUGCAUUUCGAAAAUAUUUAGGUGAAUUGAAUCUUCUACUACUUUUGAUUUAA